GCCGCUGCGCAUGCGCCCUUCCGGCGCGCGGAGCGAAGGUCGCCGGCAUCCGCGGAGACAGGGGGCGUCGGGUUCGGCCUCUGGAGCCUGCUGGCUGCCGCCGCGUCCUGGGGAGGCGCAGCACUGUGGGCAGAAAAGUACGCGUGUGCUUGCGACACUGGGCCGUGCGGGGACUGAGGCAGGCGUGGCGCCGGCCUCCUGCCGUGAUCUUCUAGGGACGGGCAAGAAACGGUGGACGCGCAACGCUGAUCCAGUCCCGACCUGGCUGAGCCUCAGCAGCAGCCUGGCUCCUGGCUGCAGGUCCAGCUGACCGUACAUGUGGAGUUGGACAGAGGUCCUCUGAUGCCAUGAGUUUUCAGAACUUCUGGAGAGACUACCAAGUUUUGGUUGUUAUGGUGCCCUUAAUCGGGCUCAUCCAUUUAGGGUGGUAUAGAAUCAAAAGCAGCCCUGUUUUCCGAAUACCUGCUAAGGACAACAUUGCUGAGCCAGAGAGUCUAGCACUUGCAAGUCCACCGAAGAACCAAAGCCAAGGAAAAUAGGUGUGUAAUCUUCAGGGAGAGGAAGCUUUGAAACUGAGCUUGGUAUUAGAAGAAGAAAUGAAAACCAGUUGGAUCAGAAAGAACUGGCUUCUUGUAGCUGGGGUGUCUUUCAUAGGUGUCCAUUUGGGAACAUACAUCAUCCAGAGGGCUGCAAAGCAGUCUGUGAAAUCUCAGGGGGGCAGCAAACAGAAGAGUACUGAAGAAUGAAGUAAAAUAAAUACUCUGAAUUACUAAUAUGUUAUUAAAUCAUUAUGUGCUGACUAUCGGAAACACUGAACUGUAUAAUUUUAUAGCCACAACACUAAAUUCAGACCUUCCUUCCUGAAGAAUAUGUUUUGAAAUAUUUAAACACAUGGCAGUAAGUAGAAAAUGUAGUUAACAAAAUACAGACUAGCUUCACAAGUCGCACCCACACUAUGAUGUCUUGUUUCGAAGCUCAGAAGCCAUCACUGUGUCACAGUGACCCACUCACAGCCGAGAAAGUCAGGGCCACACUUGCUGUCUUGAAAGGCAUCCUCACAUCCUGCUACGGCCCCUAUGGACGGCUGAAGCAGCUGCACAGCGGCACGGGGGGCUCUGUGUGCACGACCUCCCAGUCCACAGUGCUGCUGAGGAACCUCCCGGUCACCCACCCCAUAUUAAAGAUCCUCACAGCCUCAGUGCAAAACCACGUGUCCUGCUUCAGUGACUGUGGCUUAUUCACAGCCAUUCUUUGCUGCAACCUCAUCGAAAAUGUUCAGAAAACAGAGCUGACAGCUGCCACCACCAUUAAACUUAAUAAACAUCUUCUGAAUUUCUGCACCAGUUAUCUCAGGUCUGAGGGGUGUGCUUGCCGAAUCCCGGUGGACUUCAGUAGUACCCAGACCCUCCUUUGUUUGGUGCGCAGUAUUUUAACAAGUAAACCUGCUUGUAUGCUCACCAGGAAGGAGGUAGAUCAUAUCAGUGCUUUGAUACUUAGAGCUUUUUUGUUUAUAAUUCCAGAAAACACAGAAGAUCCUCUCAUUUUAGGAAAGAGUAUAAUUGUACCUUUAAAGGGUGAAAGAGUUAUAGAUUCUGCCUUGUUACCUGGAGUACUCCUUGAAAUGUCAGUGCAAUUAAUGAGGAUGUUACCUGUUGGAAAAUCAAGUGCCCUCAAGGUGGCGCUCUUUUCUACGUCUUUAUCAGGAGACUUUUCUGACCCUGGAGAAGGAAAUUUAGUGGUCAGUUACGGGGUGUCUCUUGAAAAGGCAGCCCUGGACCAGUUGCUUGACCUGGGAAGGCAACUAGUUAGUGACCAUGUGGAUCUUGUCCUGUGCCAAAAAGUUAUGCAUCCAUCGCUGAAACAGUUCCUAGGUACCCAUCACAUUAUGGCCAUAGACAGAGUGGGAGUGAUGCUGAUGGAGCCCCUCAGCAAAGUGACAGGAGCACAGCCCAUUGGGUCCUUAGGUCCAGUAUCUCCUAGUAGUUACGGAAGCGUGAAAGACUGGUGCUCUGCUAAAUUUGGCUACAAACAUUUUUUUCAUCUUAUUCCUAAAGAAGCUACUGUCUGCAGCUUGCUUCUCUGCAACAGAAAUGACACUGCCUGGGAUGAGCUGAAGCUCACAUGUGAGACGGCACUGCAUGCAUUGCAGUUAACAAUCAAGGAGCCAUGGGUUUUGCUGGGAGGUGGCUGCACUGAAACUCAUUUGGCUGCAUACAUCAGACACAUGAUUCAUAAGGAGCCAGGAAGUAUUGUCCAAGAUGAUGAAUGUACUCAAGCAGAACUUGAGCUAAUUGCUGACGCUUUUUGCAGAGCUCUAGAGUCUCUUGCUGGCUCUUUGGAACACGAUGGAGGUGAAAUUCUGACUGACAUGAAGCAUGGACACUUUUGGUCAGUUCAGGCGGGUCCUCCCUCUGUUGUGAACUGGCCAGAUUUGCUUUCUCGGUGUGGCUGUGGAGUGUUCAGUAACCAGGAAGGACUCAGCUGGUCUGUCCUAAGAAGCACACAUCAUCCUUUUGCACCUGAGAUACACCUUCCACAUGAAGCUCUGGGAAUCAGUCAACAGUCAGCCCACAGCCUGACUGUGGACUGUUUAACUGCUAAGCUCAGUGGCCUGAAGGUGGCUGUAGAGACAGCCAAUCUGAUAUUAGAUCUUGCCUAUGUCAUUGAAGAUAAAAACUGAUAUAAAGAAUAGCCUGUUUAUGAAUAGACUAGUCAGACUCACUUAAGGAAAACAGUGUGUACUCCUCUCCCAAGAACUUCUGCAGAUACAGACAGAUGACUUACAAAUUAUAGACAACUUAUUUAAAUGAUGAUGUCAGUCUUCAAUAGAAAUGUAAUAGAAUAAUAAAAACUUGUAGCAUUA